UGGCAUUGUAUGUAUGGCCAGCCGCGCUUCGCCAGGUUGUCGAGACUCCGAGGCGGGUGCACUUACACCCAUGCCCUCGGUAGCUCGGGAUUUCAGCUCGCUCUGCCUAACUCAUGCUGGUCAGGGUGGAGAAGAUGACUGCUCGUCCCACUGGAUAGGAUACAGAAAGGGCAGGACAAGCAAGACCCUUGAAUGAAGGCGUAGAUCGCGCGCAAUGUGGUAUAGUGUUGUUGGAGGGUCUCUCCCAGGGCGGGGUGUGACCCGUCCAGACUCCUCGCGUAUGCUUAUAUGUAGAAGUGUCGAAAGACCAUUCUUCCCUCUCCAGAUACUCCUGGCGUUGAUCUCGCCUUCUGUCCUGAAAACGUUGUUCUUCAUUUGGAGAAAUAUUCGAGUCCGAGAUUUGCGAGGACAUCAACAAACACACCUACCACUCGUCCAUAACGAAGACAUAAUGGGAUCAGUCAGCGUCCCCCAACACGGGCACCAUGCCUUGGUCUUCGGUGCGUCUGGUAUUCUGGGCUGGGCGGUGGUGGACCAGAUCCUGAAGAAUUAUCCCGAAAAGGGCUCGUACAAGAAGGUCACGGCCCUUUCAAACAGACCUCUGACCCUUGAGGACUCCCUGUGGGCGCCACAGCCCAAAAAUGGCGGCGCCGAGCUGAGUAUUGUCGAGGGCGUGGACCUUACGCAGGGGACUGUGGAGGAUCACACGAAUAUCUUGAGGAGGCUAGUGCCGGAUAUCGAAAGUGUCACUCACGUUUAUUGGUUUGCCUAUAAAUUUGACCCAGACUUCCCCACCGAGAACCAGAUCAACGUUGAUAUGCUCAAGCGCGGUCUUGGUGCCGCCGUGGCCCUCGCACCUAGGCUUCAGUACGUCAUCUUGCCCACGGGCACCAAGGGCUAUGGCAUAUUCCUCCCCGAGAUCCCUUUCGAGAGGCCGUUCAAGGAAGAAGUCUGCGACAAGCCGCAGCCCUGGCACGACAUACUCUUCUACUACGGCCUCCACCGCGAGCUGGACCGAAUGCAGAAGGGUAAGGCGUGGCGAUUCGCAGAGGUCCGCUGUGCCGUGGUGAUCGGCUUCACGCCUCAUAGCAACACAUACAACAUGUGGGCGCACUACAUCCGAUUCUGCUCCAUCUACAAGUACCUCCACGACAACGGCCACCCGGCCGCCGAGUCCAAGGAGGUGCCGUUCCCCGAAUUGCCCAUGGCCUGCGAGGGCACGUACAACGACGGGGGCCAGGACACGUUCGCCAAGUUCAGCAUCCACCUGUGCCUCAAUCCGGACGUCGCGGGCAACAGCGAGCUGUACAACAUCGCCAACGAGCGCGUCUGCCACAGCAUGGCGUACCGCUGGCCCAUCGUCGCCAGAAAGUUUGGGCUCGUCGGCGUGCCGCCUGUCGAGCCGGGCCAUGCACACUACCGCCGCACGGAUGUAUUCUUGGCCGAGCACGCGGAUGUGGCCGAGAGACUGGCCAAGCAGCAUGGUGUGGACUUGCCUGGCAUGGACUAUGUGUUUGAAGGAGAUACGAUGAGCGGACUCAUGUCGCUCAAGCACGGAUUAUGUCUUGACAAGGCUAGGUCGACCGGAUUUACGGCCGAGGAGUCGUUUGAGGUUUCAUUUAGCAAUUGCUUGGAGCGGUAUACGAAGGCCGGUCGGGUAUAUACGGGAUUGAACCCAAAGGACAAGACGCUGAAGUCAGUGCCAUAGGGAGGGACUAGACACCGCUCAAGAGACGUGUAGAUCGCCUUCGGCCAAGAGCAGGCACGUCUCCCGCGGACUUCUCCUCGACAGCUUCCUUCUUCACUUUCUCCUUUUUGAUUGGCUCUGAAGAUCCCUUCGGAACCUUGGGAGUCUUCUUAGAGUCCUUUGCGCCCUCCUUCUCCGUCAUUGCAAUCCUUGCUCUUUUAGCUGGCUUCUCCGCAAUGUCCUUCUUGUCCUCGAAAUAGUGGCUUUCCUUCGCUUCCUCCUUGGCGACCGGAGUGCCACCGGCCGAGUCCAAGGUCGUCCUACCCUUUUUCUUCUGGACUCCGGG